CCCGCGCAGUGUUGGUGAGUUUGUGGGCGCAGGCCGCAUAGGGCUACAGGCGAUGCGAGAUAACAAGCACCGACUGGAUGUGGUACAGGCCAUGUGCAGAUACUGCGAAGAGAAGCAGUGCGAUGGUUCUGUGGGCUAUGGAUCUCAUCCUGAUACGGAUGGACACGUGACACUGGACGCUAUGGUUAUGGAUGGGCCAGGCGUGAGAGUAGGUAGUGUGGGUGCCCUGUACGGCGUCCGAAACGCCAUUGGGGUUGCAAGGGCAGUCAUGGAGCACACUAGGCACUCUUUACUUGUGGGGUCGGGCGCCAAAAGGUUCGCGCGAAUGAUGGGUUUUGAAAAAAAGUCAACAGAGACUUCGGCGUCUACGGGUCAGUUCCUCGACUGGAUGGACAAGCGGUGUCAACCCAACUUCUACAUCAAUAUGCAGGGUAACGCACAGCAAUGGUCGUGUGGGCCAUACACACCCAACCAGCCAUCUGCAAAUAGUCUAGAGCAAAUACUGAGUAUCGUGGCGACUGACCUGACUGUGGCAGAGGAUAAACCAGAAGAGACGCGUGAUGUGGCGGUUUCCGGACACGAUACGAUAGCUGCUAUCACCUUGGAUGCUGAGGGCCAUCUCGCGUGCGCAACAACGACCAAUGGUCCAGGGCAUAAGGUGGCUGGUCGUGUGGGGGAUUCGCCUAUUGCUGGCUCGGGUUGCUAUGUAGAGGAGGGCGCCGGUGGUGCAGGGGCGACGGGUGAUGGCGAUGUCAUGUUGCGCUUCCUGCCCAGUUUUCAUGCGGUACAGUUAAUGAAACACGGAGCGUCACCCACUGAGGCAUGUGAACAGGCUUUGAAGAAAAUUGGCCAUGUAUAUCCGGACUUUAGUGGUGGCAUGGUCUGUGUCAACAAACAAGGUGAAAUAGGCGCUGCUUCGCACAACAUGAAUUUUCAGUACACAACCGCAACCCUUGGCGAUGAGGACCCCACGGUCGUUCAUGUACCAAACCUAUUGUCGGCCAUGGAGCUCUUAGAGGCACACUGAAACAGCUAGCAAUCAAUCGGAGCUUGAUUCAGCCACACAAAGUCUGCGGAUCUUCGGCACGCCUUAACAAAUGUUUCAUUGAAAUUCUAUAGUUCCGUAGAAAAGUUGCAAAAGUUCAUACUCUUUAGAAGAUAAAGUUUUCAUGGAUGUUGGCCUUCUAUUCAAAACAAAUAAUUAAAGUCGUUACCAUUCGGUGUGGCGCAUGUAUCAAAUCAUUGUGCGCAAGUUCUGAAAGAUGAACGAGACGAUGGCACGAAUACCAGCUUCAGCUGCACGACUUUGCGUAUUGUGAAUCUAUAUCCUGGUGAAUCUAUAUCCUGGAGUCAUUUGGCGCAUGGUAUUCAUGCUUUGCAAACUUUUGAUUGCACAGUCGUAGCUACGGUAUAAACCGAUUUUGCUCUUGCGGUCUAGCUGUCCUUUUGGGUAAAAUUUGUCAGCAUACUGAAUAUUGCUAGGUUGUGGAUAAUAAAUCAAUGGCUAUUCCUUGUAAGUGAAGCGCUUCAGGAGUUCUGACUUUCAAUCUCCAACCUUCCGGAAGACAUGCUUGUCUAUUUGGUUUAGUAUUUGAGGACUGAACAAUACUCGAGGAUAAAAUUUUACCUCGAGGACGUGAAGCGUAUUGCCUCUUUUCAGGUAUCAGUAGUGUCCAAUAUCAGCAUGGCGAAUGCGCGAGAGAACAAAACAAAAAAUCGGGUAAAUAACGAAGGUUCUCUACGACUAUGAGUUAAAGUCUUCUUGAGCCAACCUAUCCAAACAUUAAAUAAAGCGAUACGUAUGCAGACCCAUUGUUAUAAUUUGACUUUAAAAUAUAUGAAACUAGACAACCAAGAUGUCUUAGGUCUCUUGAUGACAACAGCUACUUUUUUUGUGCUUUGUUAGUUAAAAUCUAUAUCAAGUUGAUGCGGUAUAGCCCUUCGUGCUUACAAAACAAAUUAUUUUUAUCU